UGGAUAGUUACGAAGAAAUGGAUUUUGAGGAUUUCAAAGAAGAGCAGAAAUCAGAACUUGUUGAAAAGCAAGCCCCUGAGGUGAAGGAAACAGAAAUCAAACUUCCCAUUAGGCGAGGCCAGAGGUUCCCAAAGAAAUCAAGAGAGGAGUUUAAGGCUGCUUCCAGACUGCACAGUACUCUUUAAUGUUAAUAUCAUCUAUAGAAACCGGAGUUGAUAAGAAUUAUAAGCCAAAGCAUGCUUAUUUGAACCAAAGACUGAAAGAGUCCUUUAUAAACUACAUUCUCCUCGAAGACUCCCAGAAGACCGAUUAUAGAGGCUUCAUUAGCCCAGAUCAACGCAGAGAUUUUGAUAUUAGAGAGGAAAAGCUCGAGCUUGAGGUACUUGAAACUAUCGAGGAAUAUGCUCAAGAUGGAAAAGAUGCCGAAGGCUAUCAAAAAGCAUGUGCGAUAGCACUGAAGUUUAUCGAAGAUCACACAGACUUGAGCAACUAUCAGUUUCAUGUCGACUACCCUGAAGUUGAAGGCACUGAGAAGGAGAAAGACGAUGAAAGGAUAUUAAAUAAAAUCAAAGUAAAAGAAGCAAUGAAAUACGCUUACUCUUUUAAUGCCUACUUCUACCUGGGCCUCAGCCAGUAUGAAUUGGAAAAAUACCUAGAAGCCUCUGCUAGCUUCGAAGCUGCUUCUCGGUUCACCCCACACAACUCGGAGGUGUAUUAUUAUAAAGCCAUGAGCUAUCUUAAAGGUGGGAAAUACGAUGACUGAAAGAUUGCUUUUAGAAGGUGCUUAAAAUAUGACAAGUCAAACAUCGGCGCUGCUAGCAACCUUUCUUAUGCCUAUAAUAUCUCUGGAUUUUAUGAUUCGGCCAUUAAAGUCUGUGAAGAUCAUAUCAACAAUGUCGACCAAAAUGCCCCAGAAUUUUAUAUGUAUCUUCGAAAUUGGACUUAUGCAUUAAUCAAGGAGAAGUUCUUCGUCGAUGCAAUUGUAAAUAUCAGGAAAGCCAUCGAGAUCAACCCCCGAGAUCCUGAAAACUGGGUCAUGUGGGGCACUGUCCAGAAAAUAAACGGUGAUUUUUCAAGUGCCAAGAACAAAUUUGAAAUUGCACUGAAGAUUGAGCCAAACCACUGUUUGGCCACUCAAGAGCUGUACAACAAAGGACUGGAUGUUUUCAUCUCUAAUAUCAGUGAAGUUUAGUCAUAAUUUUUUAAGAAAUUUAUAU